AUGGCAACAGUCGAAACAAAAUCAACUGAAUCUACUAAUCACCCAGAAAAACAAUUAUCUACUCAUCACAUCCCUGAUCACGAAGGCGAAGUUCAUUUUACUCCCCCACUCUAUCGACAACGUUAUCAAUUCGCAUUAGACAUCAUACAAAAUGAUCCCUCCCUCUACUCAUUACUCGACAUCGGUUGUGGUACCUGUCAACUAUUAACUAUCGGCAAAUAUCGUAAUCCACAUAUACAAUUAGCUGCUGCAAUUGACAUUGUUCGCUAUCAAUUAGACGAAGCAUGCUUUCGAUUGAAACCUCUACCUGUUGAAUACAUCAGUUUCCGUCGUGAAACUCCAUUACAUAUGUACAUACUACACGGUGAUGCUACAAAAGUGUGCAAUUGUUUUUACAAUUUCGAUGUUGUUACUCUGAUUGAAGUUAUUGAACAUCUGUAUAUAAAUGAUUUAGAAAACUUAAUCACGCACGUAUUCGGUUAUAUACGGCCUCGUUUAGUGAUCGUAUCGACACCAAACGCUGAUUUCAAUGUUCUCUUUUCAACAAUGCCUUGUGGACAAUUUCGACAUAUGGACCACAAAUUCGAAUUUACACGUCAACAAUUCUGUCUUUGGGCACAACAGAUUGCUGUCAAUUACAAUUAUUUAGUUGAAUUUAGUGGUGUUGGUGAAGCACCGCCGAGUGAACGACAUCGAGACGUGGGCGCAUGUACGCAAAUCGCUAUCUUUUAUCAACAAGAAAUGAAUCCUCAGUCAAGUUUAACAUCGAACGAACUAUUCCAACGUUUAUCAUAUUGUAAACAACACGAAGUCGUCAGUCUCAUUGAUUAUCCAUACGGCAUCAAGAAAACUACCGAAAUACACGAGCAAAUUCGUUAUAUUCUGGAAAUGUACCGUCUAGUGGCUCAAGAUAAAGCUCGUCAUGGUGAUGAUAAUCAUGAUACAUUUCCCUUGACUAUUAAUUGUCAAACAUUACUCCAUCAUCCACGUUUAGUUGAUUCCAAAUUGACCUUGGAAGAAUUAAAACAGAUCAUUGGAAGCAUUGGCUACAAACUACUUGAUCAUGAUCGAAUUAUUCUCGCUGAAGAUCUGCAAACUCAUCCACAUGAGGACGAUCACGAACAUGAACACUGCUCUACUAACCAUUCAAACGAUUUCGUCAAAAACACACGUCAUAAUAGUCAAAAUGAAGAAUCUUGGGAUUAA